CAGCGCAUGCGCACGUCAUUCGGCGCCGGGGUGAAUGUCACCUCCACAGCAAGAUGGCGGCCAGAGUUCUCAUCAACACAGGGCCCGGUGUGAGCAGGGCCAUAGUCCGGGUACAGGGCGAAGGCCGGCCCUUGGUUGCUAAUACCAGCACUGCAACAAUCACCAGGGCGUUAUCUGCGACUUCUUACAACAACAGGGAGGAUAGCUGGUUUAAAUCACUGUUUGUUAGGAAGGUGGAUCCACGCAAAGAUGCUCAUUCAAACCUGCUAGCUAAAAAGGAAACCAGCAGCCUGUACAAAAUUCAGUUUCACAAUGUAAAGCCAGAAUGCCUGGAGACUUACAACAAACUUUGUGUAGAGGUACUACCAAAAGUUCAUAUAGACCAAAACUACCCAUGUGAACUUGUGGGGACAUGGAAUACGUGGUAUGGAGAGCAGGAUCAAGCUGUCCACCUCUGGAAGUACAGUGGAGGUUACCCCACGCUUACCGAGGUGAUGAGUAAGCUCAGACAAAAUAAGGAGUUCAUGGAGUUCAGGAAGGAGAGAGGUAAAAUGCUGCUGUCUCGAAAAAACCAACUACUUUUGGAGUUCAGUUUCUGGAAUGAGCCAGUGCCUAGAUCAGGACCUAAUAUUUAUGAACUCAGAUCCUACCAGCUCAGGCCAGGAACAAUGAUUGAAUGGGGUAAUAACUGGGCCCGUGCUAUUCGAUAUCGACAAGAGAACAAUGAGGCAGUUGGUGGCUUCUUUUCUCAGAUUGGUGAACUGUAUAUGGUGCAUCACCUAUGGGCUUACAAGGACUUGCAAUCAAGAAAUGAAACACGGAAUUCAGCAUGGCAGAAACCUGGCUGGGAUGAAUGUGUAUACUACACAGUACCACUCAUCCAGCGUAUGGAUUCCAGGAUUAUGAUUCCACUGAAGAUUUCACCACUUCAGUAGAGAUCAACGUGCAACAUCUUUAAAGAAAGUAAAUAACUUGUGUUUUGUCUUAAUACAUGAAUUAUUGACUUGAGUCUGUACUUGUAAUGAUUUAAAUAAGUAUUUUAACGUCAAGAUCUUUUAUUGAAUUUGCAGACACUUCUGAAGCAAAUUAUUAAUAGCAAUAUAUUCUUUCUGAAGCACCAAGUAAAAUUAUAAUGUUAAUGUGUAAAAUCCUAAAUGGUUAUCUUCAAUUUUAUUGUCUUAUUUUUGUUGCACUACCCUCCUCCACCUCUGGACUGAACCACUAAUGAUGGUAUCUUCCUAACUUUAUCUGUUCCACUCCUUAGCCGGUGGAAUAAUUUUUGAAGGCAGUAAAUUUUUUGUUUGGGGUGUGUGUGUCCCUUUGAGCAACAUCAUGACAACUUAUGCCUGAAUCUUGCAAAAGGAGCUAUCAGAAUUCUUUCUGCAAAACAUUAAUGACCUCCAUUUAGUAAGGGACUCAUCAGAUGUCACAAUUUCAAAUGUGGUUCGUUAGGGAAUUACUUUUUAAAACAAUGUUAUUUUUUGUGGAAUAAACUGCUAUGUGCUGUUUCUCAGAUAUUCGAGAUCCAGCGGUGUACGAUACAAGAAUAGCGUUGUUUUUGUGUUGCUUUAUACUGCUGUAAGUGAUGCAUGUGUAAUCACUGUACAAAAUUGUAAGCUUACAAUUACAUUUUUUAAAACUGUUUUUGUCGUGUGCUUAUUUUUAAAAUGGCACCAUUAUGUAUAGUUUCUAGGAUUUACGAUAAUUCAGUAAAUCUAAUUAAUGAAAGGAAUCUGUUUCUAAGUCAUUGGUCAACUGUCAGGCUACAAUACCCAGUACAGUCUGAGGCUGUAAUAAACUUGAUUUGCAACA